AUGGAGUCGUCCAAGGGUGCCAAGCACAGUGAUGUUCUAGAGUCCAGGGGUUCCUUGGCCAGUAGGACAGCCUCUGAUGGAAGGACCAGUCUUUCAUCUUCUGAUGAAGUAGGUUGGAGAGACACUGAGCCUCCAGGACCCCCUGGAGGGUUGAUUCACUCUGACACAGCGGCAGAGAUGGGUCAGAAGUCUUCCUCUUCCUCCUCCUCCUCUUCCUCCGCAUGGCCUAGUCGCCCCUCUCAAGUUUCACUGCCUGGGUUCCAGAAGGAAAAAUACCCUGAGGAACUCAGCCUGCUUAAGUCACAGACAAAAGAUGGGCAGCGUCCUGAGUGGACAUUUUAUCCGAGGUUUAGCAGCAAUCUCCACACCUACCACGUUGGAAAGCAGUGCUUCUUCAGUGGGGUCUUCCGGGGCAACAGGAGGUCUGAGGCCGAGAGGACCCUGGACAAGAGCCUCGGGAAGAAGAAGUAUGAUAUUGAUCCCAGAAAUGGAAUCCCAAGGUUAACACCAGGGGAUAACCCAUACAUGUUCCCAGAGCAGAGUACGGAGUUCUUCAAAGCGGGAGCAACUCUGCCACCAGUCAACUUUUCACUGGUUCCUUAUGAGAAAAAAUUUGAUACAUUUAUUCCACUGGAGCCUCUUCCUCAAAUCCCCAACUUGCCUUUCUGGGAGAAGGAGAAGGCCAACAACUUGAGGAAUGAGAUAAAAGAAGUCCAGGAGUUGGAUAACUGGCAGGCACCGCCACCCUUCCUACACAGUGUUUUCUUCUCUGGUGCUUUCAUCCUUCCAAGACAUCCCUGAGCAGAAAC